AUGGAAGCCCGGCGUCUUGGAGAAAAUAUCCGGGACAAACUUGAUAUAUCUCGAAACUGCGGACAAAUCCGCCGAAAGCUUCAACUGCAACGCCCACCUGGCCUCAUCCUCUUGGACAGCCCGAUUGCCUAUGACACCCAUGGCUUGGAUUGCCUCUUCACGUUGAUUCACCAUAUUUACAGCCAACUUAUUGACGUCUAUUUCGACAAAAAUGAUCACAAAGAUGCUGAGCAGAAGAACCCUAUUCUUGCGCUUGCCUGGCUCGAUAUAAACUUCGAGGCUAAGGACGAAUGGGCAGCAUGUAAGCAAGGCCUCUUGGAGGGCUUCAGCCCUUACCACGCUCAAGACCCGGUUAUCAGCUUUGAAGGUCUCGCCAACUCUCAGUUGAUGAAAGAUACCUUCUGGAAUCACGAAAUGCAUAAGUUGUACAGGGCGUAUCUGGUCAAGCCUGACAACGGGCGUUGGGGUCACGCGGAUCUGGGUCCGAACUCUGAUGCCGUCAAAGUCGACAUGAGCGAGAUUCUGGUUGACCGCAACAAGGCUCCAUGGUGGUCAUUCAAGCAGCAUAUGCGAUCUAAUUUCCAACUCAUCAAAACAGACAACACCACAGAGUUGAAGAUGUGCGCUGCACCUGGCAUCAUCUGCGUACACUACAAGACGAAUAAGAACUUGACACCUUUGCCGUUCUCAGAUCUCAAGAACACCCUCAUCCCCAUCGCCGAAGUCAAGGUAUCCGAGCCCAUUCUAGACAACGGAGAUUGUCUUUACACGUUGAUUGCGGCAGUGUCGCUGAAAGACAACGGAAUCCGUACAUACAGCUUCCUCGGCCCGCAUAUUCUGGCAACCCCUGGCCAUGACGCUUCAGAGAAGAAAUGGAGUCUGGAAGAUAAGGUGGAUGGCGACUAUAUGCUUUUCUAUCGUCGCGCGGAUGACGCGGUGCCAGACUUUUGGACCACAGAAGUUGUUGUCCCCCCACUUGAAAGCCCAUAUCUGGCGAUUGUCAAUGAUGCCCUGCAGCGUGAUAUCAAUCAGAGAAGGGAAGCCAAGAGGCUUCAGAGGGAGAAGGAGGGGAGAGACCAGGAGCAUGACAACUGA